AUGAGCCAACAAACCUAUUCAUUCACUCGUGUUACAACUGUAUCAAACGGAGAUGGCAAAAAUUAUGCGAAAAGUCCAAUCGAAUCAUUGCCGUCGCCAAAUGCCUAUUCGUCAGUUGUAAGUGGGUCAAAUUAUUAUCGAAAAUUCAACAGGAAGAAGAGGAAUUCCUGUUGAAAACCGAACAAAACGAAAGAAAAUUGAAGGGGAAAAGUGUAAAUCAUAAAUAAUGCUCGAUGAGAUCUGACCUCAAUAAAUCUCCGAAAUAAAAAAACCAUAUUUUUGUUGAGAAAAAGAUGGGUCAAGUUGUAUGCACUUUUCUCUAUCUAGCUAGAUAGAAUGAAACUAAAACUGAAAAAUUAGUUGUCAAUUUUGCAAAGUGGUUUGGGUAGUGUUUUUUUGGGGGAAAAUUCUGUUUUUUGUAUAAAUAUUGAUAUCAAAAAGUCCCAUGAAUAUCAAAUAACGGAAGAAAAACAGAAAAAAAUAUGAAAAGACAUGACAAAACCGCUCAAUUACCAGUUCCCAUUGGACAUCGACUAAAUGACAUUUUCAUGUUUUUUUAAGCAAAUGAGUUGAAAUAAUGGGUUCUAAUGUUAUUCAUAUGAUAGAAUGGUCUAAGACGAACAAAAUGAUAUAAAUUUUGAUGAUUUUACGUUAUCUAUAAGUGAUUUAGCGGCCUAUCGACUAAAUAUCGACUAAACGUCGCUAAAUCACUUAAGGAUAACCUAAAGUCAUCAAAAUUUAUAUCAUUUUGUUCGUCUUAGACCAUUCUAUCAUAUGAAUAACAUUAUCACCCAAUAUUUCAACUCAUUUGCUUAAAAAAAAUGAAAAUGCCAUUUAGCCGAUGUCCAACUAUAAUCUGUAUUUAAUUCCCAAUGUUUUUCCAGUACCGCACACCAUUGCGAAACUCGACAAGCACCUUGAAUUCUUCCUCAACUGCCACAUCACACAGCAAACCGGGGGAAGACAGGUAAGACAGAUAUCUAAUCUAUUUUGAUUCAUCCUCCCACCAGCUGAUUGUUUUUUGUCUCUUUGAGAGAAUUUGCCACCACCUGCUGUGCGCUUUUUUUUGUUGCUCCAGAGCUAGUAUAUAAUAAUUGUGUUGCGUUGCGUUACUUCAUUUUUGCUUUUUUUCGCCUCAAAAUUUCAAUGGAAUUUGCAUUUCCAUCCGAAAAUAUUUAAUCCUAUUAGUUAUUUGAUGAUUCAGUUACACACUGUUUCCCCCAAAUAUCUAUAUAUUUGUUUUUGUUUUGUUUUUCUUACUUUUUUUCGAACGUUAAUCCCAAAUUGUAAAGUGGCGAAAUGUCUUUUUAUCAUUCGAGUCAAUCGCCCAAGAAAAACAACCGAAAUAUCAGAUUUUUUAGUUUCAAAAAAUUGGGUUUUCCAGCUGGAAAGGGAUUUGCAGUGUUAAUCUUGAAAUAUCCUGAAAUUUUAUGGGUUGGGAAUGCUGAAUUUCACAUUUUAAAGAAGAGAAAUCGAGAUUUUGGAUAAAAAUAGUAGUUUUCGACCAAAAAUUGCAAAGAUCAUUUCCUAGUUAUGACGUGGUAAAAUUGGAAAAUUUGAAAAAUCUUGAUUUUAGCGUGCUCCUUAAGUCACGAAUUCCAGGUUUUUUUUUGAAAUUCGUGAUUUUAGGAGCAUGCUAAAGUCAAGAUUUUUCGAAUUUUCACUCUAGGAAAUGAUUUUUGCAAUUUUUGACGACGAAAUCAUGAUGAGUGGGUAGAAAACUACUAAAGAACAUAUUUUUAUCCAAAAUCUCGAUUUCUCUUCUUCAAAAUGUGAGCUUCAGCAUUCCCAACCCAUAAAAAUUCACGAUAUUAGAAGAUACAUGAGAAUUACACUGAAAAUCCCUUUCCAGCUGGAAAACCCAAUUUUUUGAAACUGAAAAAUCGGAUAUUUUUGGUUGUUUUUCUUGGGCAUUUCGCCACUUUACAAUUUGGGGGCCAACAAGUACUGGAAGAAAAAACCUUGAGUUGAAAUAGAGAAAAAUUUCCGAAACUCAUUUCUCAAAAAAUCUGGACCAGAUGCCUUCACAUUCCAAAAACCCAUAAAUAUUUAUAAGUAAAAGAUAACAUUAACAUGAAAAUAAAACUGUUUUUCUCUGUUCCACCAGCCAGAUGUUUUGUGUGGGUUACAACAUAAAUGAAUGAAUGAAUGAAGAAAAAAACGGCUGGUAUAAAAGAGCAAAGCAUCUUAUUAUUUACACGUGUUAAGCAAACAUUUUCUUCGAUCUAUCUAUAUCUCUUCUUGUCAUUUUUGUGUCUCUAUCUUAUCGCUCGCCGCUAAAACAGUAGCUAGAAAAUAUUUGAAAAUAAAUAUGUCGACUGUCGAUUUGUCUGAAAUUUCUGAUCGAUUUGAAAAAUUAAGGGCAAGAAGCGGUAACAAUAUGGCAACCUACAACACUUCUUCAUCAUAUAAUCGUACUUAUGAGAAAAAAGUGAGUUUUUCUUUCAGAAUUUUUCGAAAGUUGAGAGUUACAGCAAAAUUUAUCUCGAAAGAGAGGAGAAAGUAUCAAUUUCCAGCAGCAGGAAAAAAACGGGCUUGGAAUUUUCGGUUUGAAAUUUCGAGCGUGCAUCAAUUUUUGUAAAUUUUCCAGAGAAAAAACAAAAUUAUCGAAAUAGUGUGGAUUUUAUUGAUUUUCAGAUUUUCUAACAGAAAAGUACAGUGAGCACACCUCGGCUGAAAUCGUGUUUUUCAAAAUAGAAAAUUGUACGCUAACUUUUUACAGUAUGAAAACUGUGAAAUUUUAGGUUUUUGACCUCUAGAAAGUGAAAUUCAGAUUUUUAGGGGUCAAAAACCUAAAAUUUCACAGUUUUCAUACUGUAAAAAGUUAGCGUACAAUUUUCUAUUUUGAAAAACACGAUUUUAGCCGAAGUGUGCUCACUGUACUUUUCUGUUAGAAAAUCUGAAAAUCAAUAAAAUCCACACUGUUUCGAUAAAUAAUUUUGUAUUUUCUCUGCAAAAUUUUUUUAAUCUGAAAUUUCAAACCGAAAAUUCCAAGCCCGUUUUUUCCUGCUGCUGGAAAUUGAUACUUUCUCCUCUCUUUCGAGAUCAAUUUUGCUGUAACUCUCAACUUUUCGAAACAAAUUGUGUAACAAACCAAAAGCCUUUGUUUUUCUUUUAAUGACUCAUCAAAACCCACUCGUUUUUCUCAAUUUCGAAAUUUUUCAGGUCAUCGAAGAAGGAAAUCCACAUGUUCGUGUCACAACCCAAACCCAUACUCCACUCACUUCUUCGGGUGUUGGAAGUGUUCUUCCGGUAUGGACAUAUUUUAUUAUCUUAUCUAGAUUACAUAGUAUAGUUGGACAUCGACUAAAUGACAUUUUCAUGUUUUUUAAGCAAGUGAAUUGAAAUAUUUGGUUCUAAUGUUAUUCAUAUGAUAGAAUGGUCUAAGACGAAUAGAAUGAUAUAAAUUUUGAUGACUUUACGUUAUCCAUAAGUGAUUUAGCGGCCUAUCGACUAAAUAUCGACUAAACGUCGCUAAAUCACUUAUAGAUAACGUAAAAUCAUCAAAAUUUAUAUGAUUCUGUUCGUCUUAGACCAUUCUAUCAUAUGAAUAACAUUAGAACCCAAUAUUUCAAAUCACUUGCUUAAAAAACAUGAAAAUGUCAUUUAGUCGAUUUAGUCGAUGUCCAACUAUAUUACAUAGCGUAAAAAAUGCCAAAAAUAUUGUAUUUAGGACAUUAACAAUAUUCAUCAAAGCAUGUUGAGCCAAUUUCCAAACAUGUCAAUUGGCGGAGGAGUUGCUGCUCAAUCGAAUUUGGCGCAAAUCACUUCAGUUCGUGUCACCAACACUUCGUUCCAUGCAAGUAUUGAUGUCAGCAAAUUUGAUGCCGAUUCGUUGAAGGUAGAUUUUCUUGUUUUGGAUACUGCUGGAAAAUUUGGUUUAAAAAAUGGCAAAUUCAAAGAUCAGUCUGCAUUUGUUCCCUAUUUUUCAAUUUUUCAGGGAAAUUUCGAUUUAUAAAACAAAAUAAAUGACAAAUUUUAUAUUUUUGCUGAAUCUUGGGGUUUUCUAACAUCUGAGUUCCAGAUUUUAAAUCUAAUUUAUUCUGGAAUUCAGAAUUUUCAACUUUAUGUAAAACCCCAAGAUUCAGCAAAAAUAUAAAAUUUUCGAAAUUUCCCUGAAAAAUUGAAAAAUAGGGAACAAAUGCAGACUGAUCUUUGAAUUUGGCAUUUUUAAAUCCAAAUUUUUGACCAGCCAAUCAAAGUUUGAAACUCACCGAAAAACUUGUUUUAAAUCGGAUUUCGAUGAAAAAAAAAUUAAUUUUUUUAUUCUGAAAAUAGGCAAAUUCAAGUUUUUGCGGAAAAUCUAAUUUUUCGACGAGUUUUGAUUUGAAAUUUGGAUGUGAAAGAUGAAAAUUACAUAUUUUUAAACCUUCUCGGGAAAAAAGGAGCAAGUCUUUCUACAAAAAUCGACUUUUAGCCAGAUUGCGAUCAUUUUUAGCAAGCUUUCUACAAUUUUUAUAAUGGGAAAAUAAAUAAAGCAAGCUGGCUAAAAGUCAAUUUUUCUUGCGAACUUGCUAUUUAUUACCCGAGUUAUUCAAUCCCGAAUUUUUCCAGGUCACCGUUGUUGACAACAAUGUGAUUGUCGAAGGAUCGCACGGCGAAAAAGAAGACUCAUAUGGAACAAUUUCAACAACUUUCAAAAGAAAGUUGCCAUUGCCAAAAACUGUUCCAGCCGAAAGUGUUCAAUCGCAAUUGACUGCUGAUGGAUUUUUGACCAUUGAUGCCAAAGCGCCAGAACCAAAGGUUUGUUUUUUGAACUUAGAAGGAAUGAUCCCCGAUUUACCCCCUGGAUUUUGAUGAUUAUUUUUUUAAAAGAAGUAUAUUUGGGAGUUAUGAAACCCCAUAGUAGCAUUUUGCAAACUUCGGCCUAUUUCGUGAGUUAUGGGAAGUCCGUAAUUUUUGAGUUAAAAACUGGUCUUGAGACUUCUCGGGGUCGGAACUUUGUUAUUUUUCAUCGAAAAACGUCCACCAAAAAAUCAUUUUGAAGCUAAAAAUGCGAAGAUUUCAAAAUUUUUGGUCCCCGGAAUCAUUUCAUCAAGUUAUCAUAUGAUAAUUGUGAAAUUUCAAAAAUUCGAAAUUUUCAAAAAAUCAAAAAAUAAAACAAAUAGUAUUUAGAGGGCUUGGGGGAGAGUGGACACCAAUUGCAUCGUGUUCCUCAUCAAAAAUUAGGUCUACGAGGAUGGUCGAAAAUAUCUGUAAUCAGCCUUUUAGAAGAAAGAAAAAUUGAUUUUUACGUUUUUUCACUAUUUCAGAUGAGCAUUUUCACUGUUUAUUGACAAAACCACGAUUCUAUGGUUUGCAUAAUUUUUUAAACAAUGUUUUUUGGUAUUAAAACGUUGAUUUUUAGCAAUUCUAUCAUUUUCCGAUCAUUUCCAAUUUUUCUCAAAGUCUCCCAACACCCAAACAAUUAAAUCUACAAAUUAAUUGUUUCAAAAAUCGUUUGUCAAUAGUUUUACUUCGAAUUGAUCAUUUUUGAGUUCUGAGACCUGGAUUAGCUUUUUCUACGUCAAAAACUGAUCCAGAAAAAAUAUAUGAAAAUAUCACUAUCCGAUAAAAUAAAAGCAAAUCGAUAUUGAAAAUAAAGCUCUCUGAUGUUCUCGAUUGAAAAAAAUGGAUUUUUUGUUUGAUGUGAAUAACUCAUUUGUAACUCUUUGAACUCGCCGGUUCAAAGUAUUUUAGAAAAUUAUUUCUCAAUCACUUUUUGACGUAGAAAAAGCUAAUCCAGGUCUCAGAACUCAAAAAUGAUCAAUUCGAAGUAAAACUAUUGACAAACGAUUUUUGAAACAAUUAAUUUGUAGAUUUAAUUGUUUGGGUGUUGGGAGACUUUGAGAAAAAUUGGAAAUGAUCGGAAAAUGAUAGAAUUGCUAAAAAUCAACGUUUUAAUACUAAAAAACAUUGUUUAAAAAAUUAUGCAAACCAUAGAAUCGUAGUUUUGUCAAUAAACAGUGAAAAUGCUCAUCUGAAAUAGUGAAAAAACGUAAAAAUCAAUUUUUCUUUCUUCUAAAAGGCUGAUUACAGAUAUUUUCGACCUUCCUCGUAGACCUAAUUUUUGAUGAGGAACACGAUGCAAUUGGUGUCCACUCUCCCCCAAGCCCUCUAAAUACUAUUUGUUUUAUUUUUUGAUUUUUUGAAAAUUUCGAAUUUUUGAAAUUUCACAAUUAUCAUAUGAUAACUUGAUGAAAUGAUUCCGGGGACCAAAAAUUUUGAAAUCUUCGCAUUUUUAGCUUCAAAAUGAUUUUUUGGUGGACGUUUUUCGAUGAAAAAUAACAAAGUUCCGACCCCGAGAAGUCUCAAGACCAGUUUUUAACUCAAAAAUUACGGACUUCCCAUCACGGCGAGAUUUUCCCAACGUCCCUCUCCUUUCAAAAUUUACAUUAGAGAAAUAGAGAACAAGUGGGCGGGGCUAGUUAGAGAUAGGGGGGAGAAGACUACUGUAGCAAGAAGAGCGGCGGGAGUUUGAAAAUAAUUUUUACUUUUUUGUUGUUUUUCUAUUUUUUUAAAGGAUCACCGAUAUAUCCAAGUUAAAGGUCUCACAGAGGAAGAAUGAACGGGAAAAAUACAUCAAUUGUCAUCGUUUUUGAUAGAAAAAUUCUAAUUUUAUUUGCUAAAAUCUGGUCUGUUGUUUCUAAUUAUUCUGAAUGGAUCCUGACCCACCAGCCAAUCCCCAGCCCGACUUCAAAGCACUUUAUGAAGCUGAAAAGCAUAAAAAUUCAAAGCUAAAAUCACUUUGUAAACGAUUUUACAAUACAAUUAUUUAUGCGAGAAGUCGUUACGAUUGUUUGAGAGAUCGCGCGGAGAAGCUGAAUUCGUCGGUGGCGAUUUCGAAGAACAAUAUACGAAUCCAGGCAACUAUACACGAAUCUGAAAAAUCAAGAUUAUUGGAAAAUGUGGCACAUUUGAGAUUGGAGAUUAAAAAUUCGGAUCAAAUAUUAGAAAGAACUCUGGCUGAAACUGGUAGAAUUCUACAACAAAAUGAUCAUGAAAGAAACGAGAAUCUGAAGUUAUUGGAAGAACUCAAACAAGACAACCUCAAAAAGGACAUGGCACUUCAACGAUCUCAACGAUCUUCAACGAUCGAUUGAAGCUUUUCAUGCACUAUACAACAAAUUGAGAAGAAGAUUUGAAUGCACCCGGAAUGAAGAGCAAAAGAUGCGACAGAUUUUGAGGCAGAUAAUUUAUUUCAAUAGAUUUUCAGAUGUUAAUUAUUUUGAUGGAUUAUAAUGAAAUUUAAAGGUUGAGGGAGGGUAUUUAUACAUUUAAAAGAACUAACCAAUCAACUCUCUCCUCCUUUGUAUAUCAGCAAUUGGUAAACUCGAUUUCAUUUUCCGACUUCCAUGGUUUUGGUGAAAGUGCUUCUUUCGCGUUCCCUCUCCUCUUUUUUCUGAUGAAUUGAUAAGUUCUGGCUCCGGCUCGAGCUCCUCAAUUGGCGUUUCCUAGAGAUGAUUGUUAAACAAUUCCUCCAGUUUGCGCACAACAUUGACGAGAAAAUUCGAAGGCGGUUUGGUGAAAGUGCUUCUUUCGCAUUUCCUCUCCUCUCUUUUUCUGAUGAAUUGAUAAGUUCUGGCUCCGACUCGAGCUCCUCAAUUGGCGUUUCCUGAAGAUGAUUGUUGAACAAUUCCUGCAGUUUGCGCACAACAUUUACGAGCAAAUUCGAAGGCGGUUUGGUGAAAGUGCUUCUUUCGCAUUUCCUCUCCUCUUUUCCUGAUGAAUUGAUCAGUUCUGGCUUCGGCUUCCGUCCUAUAAUAAAUAAAAAAUUAUUGAAAUCAGCUCAAAUGAUUAGAAAAACUAACAACUCCGAAAAUUGAGAUGUUGCACUGGUUGUUCGCCGAUAAGAAGAAUAAUUGAGUUUGGAGAAGUGGUCGAGGCGCGAGUGAAUGGUGACAAAACACGGAGAAACCCUGAAAAUACUAAAUUAUUCGCAAAAAAGUAUAAAUUCCAACAAAAAAGGUUUUUCUUCGAGAAACAUUUACAUUUCAUGCAAUAAAAAUGAAUUAUUCAAAAGAGAACCAAAAUUAUUACUUACUAAAAGUAUGAAAAACAAAAAACUUCCCAAAAAUCAAAAAAUAAACGUGUUUCCCCCAAAAAACCAGAAAAAAAGAAAAGAAAGUUGGGCCUAAAAAAAGGCUUUGUAAAAACGAGCGGGUCUCGUGACGAACGAAGUCUUUGAUUUCGCUAGAGCGCGUUUGCAUUGUCUCCUCCCCCUCAAUUUUGUGCGGGCUGUUUCUGAUGAAAGACGUUUUUUUUUUCACACCGUGCCAUAACUCACGAAAUAGGCCGAAGUUUGCAAAAUGCUACUAUGGGGUUUCAUAACUCCCAAAUAUACUUCUUUUAAAAAAAUAAUCAUCAAAAUCCAGGGGGGUAAAUCGGGGAUCAUUCCUUCUUAGAUUUUUGGUAUGGGUUAUUUUUUGCAGUUGGAAGGUGCUCGUCCAAUUCAAAUCAAAGUCAUCAACUCUUCAGAAAACAAACAAUAA